AUGGCACUAGCCAACGCCGAACGACUUGACUGGCAAUUAACCCCGGUCAAUUUCAUGCCCCUGUUUGCUUUGGCGGCACUCCUUUACGAGAGUCCAUGGGUUGCGGAGCGAUAUGCUGCCAUUAAUAAAUUCAUAGUAUCUGUGGAUGCGAUGUUGAUGGACCCAGUCGUGUACAGUAUAAUCAUGAACGCGAGGGAGUUCUCGGCUGCAGAUGCCUUUCAGAGCCAGUACCUCCGGCAAGAUCUAUCCCGCAAGAUUAAAAAGACCUUUGGAAGAUUUGAUGCGCUUCUCCUUCAAAUCGACUCUGUUGGAGAAAACAAUCGAUUAGGGACAUAUACCCAUUUUGUGAACUUUCUUGACUGGACUGCUCUGGCUAUCCCUGCCGACUGGCGAGAGGAUGGUCUUCCAUUUGGGAUAACUCUCAUCGGAGUUGUUUGCGAAGAACGACGUCUAUUGCCUCUGGGUCGGCGUUGGCUCUCCGAUUGGCCACGCCUAUUAGGAGCGACUUGUGUCGACUACCAGGAAAAAUCCUCCAGUCUUCUCGUCGAUGUCGAUGUGAUUCCAAUAGCAGUGGUCGGUGCCCACCUCUCUGGUUUUCCUUUGAACAAGGACUUGAUCUCUCGGGGCGCAACACUCGGGGCGCAACUUUCGACGCUGCCACAGCCACAGCACCAGAUUAUAAAAUAA